AUGCAAUACAUCCAUCCCUCUCAUCUAUACACUCGCUUAAUAGACACAAUACCCACAGCCUUGCCUUGGUCCUCUGGGGAUCCAUCAGUGAAAGGAGAUCCCACAAAGAGUGUCAAAUGGAUUGAUGGCCUUCGAGGAGUCGCCUCGUUCUUAGUAGUGCUAACCCAUCUCGCCCGCGCUUGGGACUAUGCUCUAUUUUCACCACGCGAUAACGAGAACGCCAGUCCACGAAUUCUCCAAUUGCCCAUCCUACGCAUCCCCUGGCAAGGCCGCCUGGGCGUAACCAUCUUUGCCUUCCUAACUGGCUACGUCUGCGCGCUAAAACCACUCAAACUGUCGCGAGCAGGUGAUACAACAAGGGCGUUCGAAACGAUAGCAAAGAGCGCCUUCCGUCGACCGCCACGUCUGAUGUUUCCGGCGACGAUUGCUCUAUUCAUUUCGUGGACUGUCGCGCAAUUCGGCGGGUUUAUAGUUGCCAAUAGGUCCGAUUGCUGGUGGUGUCGCUAUGCGGCACCGGAUCUGGCAGAUUCCUUUUGGAAAGAACUUAUUCGUCUACCGAUGAAUUUCUUGUCGACUUGGACGACGGGAUAUAUGGCAUACGAUGAUCACCAGUGGGCGCUUCUACCGCUGCUUUUGUCCUCCAUGUUGGUUUAUCUUGUGCUUUCUGCGACUAUGUUCGUCAAGUUUCGGUAUAGGGUUUUGGUCUAUAUUGGCUUGUUGUUGUAUUUCCAUCAGGAUGCAGCCAAGGAUAUAGGUGAGUGUUGCUUGUGGAAGAAAGCACGUAUGAGAUUCAUAUGUAGUGCUUGCGGGGGACAAAAUAAACCCAUUGCUAAUGCCGAUUCUAUAGAGACAUUCCAAAUGCAAGCUAUCUACGGCAUGCUCCUCAGUGACUUCUCCUACCACACAGCCCUCAAAGACUGCAUAGAAAAACAUCCGCGAGGCCGGAAGGUCCUCACCAUCCCGCUCACUAUUGUCGCAUUGCUCCUCGCUUCAUACCCUGGUGAACAUCCCGAAUGGGCCAGUUGGUCUAACGCGAUGCUGAAGGCAAGCCAAUAUAUAUUCCCGCCAGGAGUCAACGUCGGGAAGCGCUACACCGCACUCGCAAUUGACUUGAUCAUCCUCGCCAUCUUUUUCUCCCCUUCGACGAAAGACUUCCUCUCCAGCAGACUCCUCCUCUGGCUCGGCAAGCAGAGCUUCGCCGUUUACCUUGUCCAUGGCACCAUGCUGCGUGUUGUGCUUUGCUGGAUGCUAUAUGGUAUCAGCGGUCAGCCGUGGGAGGGUCCUGAGCCGUCGACUGAUGACGAGCGCGACGACUGGUUGCCUAUCCGGCCGCCCUGGGUCGUUGCUAUUAGUAUUCCGGUCUGGAUCGGGCUUGUCUAUCUCAUUGCUGCGUUAUGGACGGCGUAUGUGGAUACAUUCUGUGCUUCUCUGACUCAGAAGCUGGAGAGGGCUGCUUUUGUUGAGGACGAGAAGACGCCGUUGCCCUUGCAAUCGGUCCCUAUGCAGACGACAUGA